UUGUCUCAAGUUUAAUACUGAGUUGAAUUCCUUGAGUUUAAUAUCAAGGAUGACAUUUUACUAACAUUCCUUUUACUUGGGAUGUACUUUUUCCUACAGGGACUGUAAAAGAUGGACCAAACGUGGGCCAUAGCUCUCUUUGGUGGCCGAAUAGCCUUUCAAGGCCAGAAACGGCAUAAUGUUGAGAGUUCAAUCUCAGGUGCCUCCAAGUAAAGCAAAGCGUUGCAGUUGUCCGAGUUAUCCCUGUAGUUCACUUGACAAUGAAUGUGGAUCACGAAGUGUCAUUACUUGUGGAAGAGAUUCGGCGCCUUGGCACUGAGAAUGCAGAUGGGAAGAUCAGUGUUACAUUUGGAGUACUUUUCAAUGAUGAUAAGUGUGCCAACUUGUUUGAAGCCCUUGUGGGGACCUUGAGGGCAGCCAAGAGGAAGAAGAUAGUAACAUAUCAAGGAGAACUGCUUCUUCAAGGUGUCCAUGACAAUGUUGAUGUUAUUCUCUUGUAGGAUUGUCAACACACUAUUUCCUCUGUAUUUAACAGAGUUUAAGCAAUGCCUUCAGUAUCCCUUAUCAAUCCAUUUGAUAAUGCUAUGAUGUCUCAUUUUGAUAUGGAAAUGUCCACAUUUUUUAAGAAAUCAUUUUUAGCCACAGGAAAGACUGUAUUGUGCAAUUAUGUCAGUUGCAGACUUGAUGCUCAACCAGUGAUUUCAUUGGUAAUCCUUUUGAUAUUACCACUAAUGCCAAAACAGAGGUUCACUCUUUGUUAUAAAUACAAGAAUGUCUAUCUUUUGAUUUCCAUGUCUUGUUUCAUAUUAAAUCAGACCAUUGUAUUGUACAGUUCAUCCAAAGAAUAGUAAUCAGGCAGAUUUGAGUCACAUCCACAUAAAUGAAAUUAUGUCUUUCAUACACAUGUUAAAGCAUUUUUUUUUAAAAAUAAAAUGUUUCUGUAUGGAAUUAAA